AUGGCUAAUAACGACAAGACUCCAUCUGAAAAGGAGCUUCAAGAUCUUGCAAAGAAAAUAGAUAAACUUACUUCAAGCAAGAAGGUGCAACAAAUAAUGAAGAAUCCUUCUUCUGCUGCUGCAAGCAGUAGCAACAAUCAAACUGAUGCCUUGAUGAAAGCACAACUUCGACAGAUGAUUGAAAACAUGGCUUUAUUAGAAAGAGCUGCUAAAAUGAAAUCUACUGGUAAAAAGGAUAUUAAUGAUCAUCAGUUUUGGAAGACUCAACCUGUUCCUCGUCAUGAUGAGGAAAUUGUUGAAUCUGGGCCUAUUGAACCUAACAUUCCUUAUGAUCAAAUUAGAAAGGAGCCUAUUCCUUUACCUAAAGAAUUUGAAUGGUGUGAAAUUGACAUGGAACAAGAAAAAGAGGUUAAAGAACUUUAUGAACUUUUGACCUUGAAUUAUGUUGAAGAUGAUGACGCUCAAUUUAGAUUUGAUUAUUCAGCUGAUUUUCUGCACUGGGCCCUUACUCCUCCAAAUUAUAAAAAGUCAUGGUUAGUUGGUGUUCGUGUUGCUUCAAAUAAAAAACUUGUUGCCUUUAUUAGUGGUAUUCCUGUUACAAUCAGAACUUAUGAACAUAUUCAUAAUUUGACAGAAAUCAACUUUUUAUGUAUUCAUAAGAAACUUAGAUCAAAAAGAUUAGCACCUGUUCUUAUUAAGGAAGUUACACGUAGAAGUCAUCUUGAAGGCGUUUUCCAAGCUACUUAUACAGGUGGUAUUGUUCUUCCUAAACCUGUAUCCACUUGUCGUUAUUAUCACAGAUCACUUAAUCCUAAAAAAUUGGUUGAAUGUAAUUUCUCCCGUAUUCCUCCAAGAUCUACUUUAUCUCGUAUGAUCAAGAAUUAUAAAUUACCUGAAAAGACAAGUACGGUUGGUUUAAGGGAAAUGCGCUUAGAAGAUGUACCACAAGUACGUGUUUUGUUGAAUAAAUAUCUGGAAAGAUUCGAUAUUGCUCCCGUUUUUGAAACAGAUGAAGAUGUUAAACAUUGGAUUUUACCCCAUAAAAAUGUUGUUUGGAGUUAUGUAGUUGAAGAUCCUGAGACGAAGAAGAUUACUGAUAUGUUCUCAUUCUAUUCCCUUCCAAGCUCAGUUAUUAAUAAUCCUAAACAUUCCACUUUAAAUGCUGCUUAUAUGUUCUAUUAUGCAUUAGAACUUGAUGAUGCUAUGGAUGAUAUGAAAAAGGAUAAAUAUAUUACAAAGAGAUUAAACGACUUGGUACAUGAUGCAUUGAUUUUAGCUAAAAAGGCUGAUUUUGAUGUUAUGAAUACAUUGGAUUUGAUGGAUAACAUCAAGUUUGUAAGUGAACAAAAGUUUGGUAAUGGUGAUGGCUUCUUGAAUUAUUAUUUGUAUAACUGGAGAUGUCCUGAUAUCACUAGAAAUAAGGUUGGAUUGGUAAUGCUUUAG